UGUCAUCAUCACGAACACCGCUUCGGCAUGCCGACUGUCACGUUCGCAUUCAUUCAUGUUUGACUUUAGUUAGUUAGUACGCUUGCAAUUCUUGUUGCGUGCAUAACAACUUUCACCUAGUUUUGAACUCUGGGUCAAAUCAAUUUUUAGUUUGUUAUCGAUUAGGUAGUGCGUGUUGUUUGUCCGUGAAUGUUUUAGGGGAUACAGAAUGUUUUUCAGAGUUUUUGCCAGUGGCCAGGGAAAGCGAGUGCUGGGUGCCGUGGGAACGAUAAUUGCUGGUGGCACGAUAACAACAUACUACCGGCGCAAUGACGCACACAUGGCAUCGAAGAUGGCCGUGAGCAAAUUCAUGGCGGAACCCAUCACUCCUAAGGACACCCUGGCGUCCAAUGCGGACGAUAUGAAAACCAGGAUGGAACUGAUGAUCAUGAAGAUCCAGGCGGACUUUUGCCGAUCGCUGGAGAAUGAGGAGAACUUUGGGAAAAAGUUUACCGUUGAUCGAUGGGAGCGAAAAGAGGGCGGUGGCGGAAUUACCUGUGUCCUACAGGAUGGGGACAUAUUCGAGAAGGCGGGUGUGAACAUAUCCGUUGUGCACGGGGUGCUUCCGAAGGGUGCGAUUCAACAGAUGCGAUCCCGUGGGAAGCAACUGGCCGAUGGGGAGCUACCUUUCUUUGCGGCCGGUGUCAGCGCUGUGAUACACCCGAGGAAUCCGAUGGUUCCGACGAUUCAUUUCAACUACCGAUAUUUCGAGGUGACGGACUCGCAGGGUAAUAAGCAGUGGUGGUUUGGAGGAGGAACUGACCUCACCCCCUACUACCUGGACGAAAAAGAUGCCCUUCAUUUCCAUCAAACGCUGAAGGAAGCAUGCGACGAACACGACGAGACCUACUACCCGAAGUUCAAGGAGUGGUGCGAUAAAUACUUCUACAUUCCUCAUCGCCAGGAGUGUCGCGGCGUUGGGGGCAUCUUUUUCGACGACCUGGAUGCGCCGGACCAGGAAAGUGUAUUUAACUUCGUUACUGGCUGUGCCCACUCGGUGGUUCCGUCCUACCUGCCGCUGGUCCGGAAGCACAAAAACGACGCCUAUGGGGAUCGCGAACGACAGUGGCAGCUGUUGCGCAGGGGACGCUACGUGGAGUUCAACCUGAUCUACGAUCGUGGAACGAAAUUUGGCCUGUACACUCCUGGGGCGCGUUACGAAAGCAUCCUGAUGUCGCUGCCGCUGACGGCGAAAUGGGAAUACAUGCACGUGCCUUCACCGGACAGCAAGGAAGGUGAGAUUACCCACGUCCUGAAGAACCCACGAGACUGGCUACAAACGGGGCAGAACAAAUAACACUUUUAUUGUUAUCGUUAAAGUUUUACACGCAUUUUCCGUAAUAAAAGUUCACUUCAGAAGGUUCA